AUGGCGUCCCUGGGCGGCCUCCUGGUCUGGCUCCUGCUCCUGCAGCCCUGGCUCCGGGAGGCCCUGGGGGCCGGGGCCGGGGCCGGGGCCGGGGCGCAGGGCAGGCCGCCGCCCUCACCAUCUCCAGUCCCCUCGGGGAGCGGCCGCCGGGGCCCCGGGGCGAGCCUGCGGAAGUUGCCACCUGAAGGGGUGCCGGCACCCACUGAGGCCCCCAAAUCCCCCUGUGGCCAACGGUCUAUGCGGGUGGUGGGAGGCAGGCCGGCCGCGCAGAAGAAGUGGCCCUGGCAGGUGAGCCUGCGGAUCAACGACGAGCACGUGUGCGGAGGCUCCCUCAUCGCCGACCGGUGGGUGCUGACGGCCGCCCACUGCAUCUUCGGCUACGAGGAGUACAUGGUGAAGAUAGGAGACAUACGCCUGAAUCAGGCCUCCACGCUGGCAAUCGAGGUCCCAGUUCGAGACAUUGUGAUCCACCGAGAUUUUAGUACUUUUAGAACAAUCGAAAAUGACAUUGCUCUGGCUCUGCUCGAAGUCCCUGUGAAUUUCUCCCCAUAUAUCCAGCCUGUGUGCAUCCCUGAAAGUGGUUUCAUGGUGCAAGCUGGUACGGAGUGCUGGGUGACUGGAUGGGGGAAACUAAAGGAAAAAGAGGCCGCCCCAGACGUGCUUCAGGAGGCUGAGCUAAGCAUUAUUCGCCAUGAGAAGUGUAAUGAGCUGUACAAGAAAAAGAUAUCAGUCUCAACUAACGUAGUCAAGGAAGGGAAUGUCUGUGGCUACAAUGCCCUCGGAAAGGAUUCCUGCCAGGGAGAUUCUGGGGGCCCCCUGGUCUGUGAAUUUAAUAAAACAUGGGUCCAGGUGGGGAUUGUGAGCUGGGGCAUCGGCUGUGGUCGCAAAGAACUUCCUGGAGUUUAUACAGAAGUUAGUGUCUACAAGCUCUGGCUCAUUGAUCACAUGAGUCAAUCUGCUUCUGGACACUCCGCAGGCUUCCCCGUCCCGCCCCUGUGCCUGGUGCUGCCCCUGGGCCUUCUGGUGACCCUGUGA